UAAUACUAUGUUGAUGAACUUCGACCUGGUUCUUUGGAAGGCGAUACUGGUAUCUCUGGGAUUAGCUGUCUUGUUUGUUACUAGUCUUUAUAUAUGGCCGCAGAAAUACCACAGGAAUCAUCCAACUUGUGUAAAACAGAGGAUGUUCAGUGCGCUAUUAAUCACAAUACUCUCACCGUGUUACCUAAUAUUAUUUGGUGACACUUCCUCUGAACACUACCGCCUACUAGACUGGAUAGGAAUAAGGGACCCUCUCUCCGCUCUCAUCCCUCUCUCACUCACUCUCCUGCUCUUCUCAGGACCCCUCUACUUACAAUACGAACUGAAGGAAGGACUGCUCUCUGACUACUCAUCUUACUCUGAUGUGGUUCUUAUCAGGAACCUGAUAGUCGCCCCCAUCACUGAGGAAAUCGUUUUCAGGAGCUGCCUAGGCCCACUUCUCUUCAAGCCCCUGGGAUGGACAGCUACUGUAAUUGCUCAACCCCUCUUUUUCGGAGUCGCUCACUUGCACCAUGGGUUUGAAUUGUACAGACGCGGAACCCCCCUGCUGCAAGUUUUAGCUACAGUGCUGGUUCAAACGGCUUUUACCUCCGCAUUCGGUGCUUUCUCAACCCUAACCUUCCUCACUACUGGCUCAGUAAUAGGACCCAUCCUGUGCCACUCGUUCUGUAACUGUAUGGGGUUCCCCAACCUGGACUCUAUCUCGGACACCUCAUGUCCGAAGGUCACGUGGGGAGUGUACCUCUUGGGUCUGGUGGGAUUUGUGGUGCUGACCCCUUAUCUCCUGACUUGUCAGAGUUUCAGUAGUUUAUACUGUUACAUUUAGCUUUAUACUGUCACAUUUAGCUUUAUAAUGGGGUGUUUAGCUUUAUAAUGGGAUGUUUAGCUUUAUAACGGGAUGUUUCCAGCCCCCUCUAACUCAGUAAUGGGACAUUUCCUCAAACCCCAGACAGUUGCCUUAUGUGACAUUUAGUUGGCACUUCCUGUUUGAGAUGGAAAUGUGACAUGAGAGAUUAAUGAGACAUUUCCUGGUUUAGUUGUGUGUGGGAGUUGAUGGACAGUUUAAGUUAAACGAUAUUAUCUUGUUUUAUUUUGAAUUUGUUAGUUUAAAUUCGGGAAUUUGAUGGGAUUUUGAUUUGCUUGUUUUGUAAUGAGUUUGCUAGUACUGAGUUAAUUUCAAAAUACAUAAUAAUAACAAUGAUUAAGAAUAAUUACCGGUAAUACCACAAAAUAAUAAUAGAAUGUUUGUUGCAUGUUUUGUAAUUUAUCUUUUCUGGCAGAUUAAUUAACGAUGCAUUUUAUAAUGAAUAAAUUCUAGUAUUUAUACAAAUGUUAAUCUUAAUAUUAAUAAUAAAAAUUAAUAAUGAACGGUUUUUGCUCAGAAUUUACCAACAGUUGGUCUGUAUUU